CAGCCCGCCGGGGCGGGGCGAGGAAGCGGUGGCCUCACGGGUCGCCGAGGCUGCCGCGCACCUCAACCCCUGCAGCCUCUGCCCGUGUGUCCUUCGGUCCGUCCACCGCCCCGCCAUGGCCGCGCGGGCGCCCGCGCCACGGAUCCUGCUGCUGCUGCUGCUGCUGCUCCCGCCGCCUCCAGGUGCUCGCAGUGAGGUGUGUGUGGCUUCCCAUGGACACAACCUCUUCCCUGAGUCCUGUCCUGAGUUCUGCUGUGGCAACUGUUACUACCAAUACUGCUGCUCUGAUGAGCUGAAGAAAUUUGUAUGGAAUGAAGAAGGGUGUGGUGUGCCUGAAGCCAGUGUGUCCAUUGAUAUGGAGUCGCUGGAGCAGCUGGGCUCGGCGCUGAGGUUCUAUUCCAGCUUGGACAGUGAUCCCAUGUCAGGGUUUGGAACAACUGUAGCCAUUGGCCUGACCAUCUUUGUGCUCGCUGUGGUCACCCUCAUCGUCUGCUUCACGUGUUCCUGCUGCUGUCUCUACAAGAUGUGCCGCCGGCCACCACGUCCGGUGGUAACCACCACCACGGCCACCACCGUGGUACACACCCCUUACCCUCAGCCUCCAAGUGUGCCACCCGGCUACCCUGGACCGACGUACCAGGGCUACCACCCCAUGCCCCCGCAGCCAGGGAUGCCGGCAGCACCCUACCCGACACAGUACCCACCACCCUACCCUGCCCAGCCAAUGGGCCCCCCGGCUUACCACGAAACAUUGGCCGGAGGUGCCGCCAUGCCCUACCCUGCCAGCCAGCCUCCUUACAACCCGGCCUACAUGGACCCCCCGAAGCAGCCCCCUGAGCAUGUCUCUGUGCCUCUGGCUGCCACUCGAUUGUGUGCGUGUGUGUGUGCAUGUGUGUGUGUGUGUGUGUGCGUGAGAGAGAGAGAGAGAGAGAGAGAGAGAGAAAAUGGGUAUGUGUAUGUGGGUACAGUCUUUUCUCCCUGUGCCUGGUGUUUGUCCUGUCUGUACACGAGACUUCUUAUGCCAGCAUGGUUGGGAGACAUCCUUGCUGGAGUUGCUGGGACCCUACUUUGUUCUCUUCCUCACUUGAAAUUGUGCUCGUUUGAAAUCUCAAAAUUUAAAGACUGGGGUGGGAGUUCUUUUUCAUAUCACCCCAGGGAGAUCAAGCAGGUGGGGCUCCUUAUGCUAGGGUAGUAUGGCCUUUUGUGGGCAACAUGCACACAUGUUCCAGUUUUCGUGGAGGCUAGCCACUGCUCAAGGCCAUGGUCUGUCCCCAGGGUGGGGUACUUUUCAAAGAACCAGAGCCAUCAUGGCACGGGGGUGAGGCUUGGGGACAUGGCUAGGUUGGGUUUUAAUCCUUUCGGCGACAUCCCAUAGUCCCCAGAGCCUGUGCCAUGCCCAGCAGAGGACAGGUAGCCUCCUGAAACCAACUCACCCAAACGCUGUCUGCCUGCACUGUUCCUGGCACCACCUGGAGGGCCACGGUCACCCACAGUUCUGGCUGCCCAUGACCUGCAUCAUGGUCUGCGGGGUAGCCUCUGUCCACUUGCAUACUCAGGUGUCCUCCCUGCAGUGUUUCUGUUUUCCUUCUAGCCAACCAUUUUGCCUGUUUUCCUGUUCAAAAUGUAUGUGAUAGUUUUUGUGAAGCUGAAACCCCUGGGUCCUGGAGGGAAAUUGGCCCACAGUGGAGAGGGACCGUCUGACCUCUGAUAGUCCCUGCUUCUCCUGACACUAGCUUCACAGAAUAGCCAGCUCCUGUACCCCAGCCCAGAGUCCUGUCCUGUACCCCAGGACAAGGUGGGCCAAGGGGCUGUCUGGACCAAAGGUGGAAGGGGCCCUAGGUGGCUGCUCUGGCCCAGGCAUGAGUACCUCGGUGUUCCCUGUCCCUCUCUUAGUAUCUCACCAGCUCUGUCUUAGCUUUGUACCUGUUGACGUGUUUCUGAGAGUCUAGGGUCUGCACCUUUGUAUAUAAUAAAUGCAAACAUUUGGGGCCACUGCCUCCUUUCUUCAGA